UUCCUGUUUUUUCCCUUUCCAGCUUUCCAUGUGGUACCCAUGAAGAUGAGGCUGAGGACACGGAAAGCUUCCCAGCAGUCCAACCAGCUCCACACGCAGCGGGCGCUGCGGGCCAAGCGGAAACACUCGGAGGUGGAGGAGCCCUUACCUGGCGGCGGGGGAAAACCACCCAAAAAUGAGACAGGCCUCUUGUCCUCCAUCAAAAAGUUCAUCAAAGGAAGCACACCCAAGGAAGAAAGAGAAAAUCCCACCAAGAGGAGUCGGAUUGAGCGGGACAUCGAUAACAACCUGAUCACAUCCACGCCCCAGACGGGAGAGAAGCCCAACAAACAGCUGUCACGAGUGCGGCGGAAAAGUCAGAUGAAUGGAGAAGCUGGGAGUUAUGAGAUGACGAACCAACACGUAAAGCAAAAUGGAAAAUUGGAAGAUAACCCUACCACAGGCAGCCCCCCACGAACAACGUUACUGGGAACCAUAUUUUCUCCUGUUUUCAAUUUCUUUUCACCAGCAAAUAAAAAUGGAACAUCGGGCUCCGACUCUCCGGGCCAGGCUGUGGAAGCUGAGGAGAUUGUGAAGCAGCUGGACAUGGAGCAGGUGGAUGAGAUCACCACCAGCACAGCCACCUCCACCAACGGCGCCGCCUUCCCCGGGCAGGCCCUGCAGCUCCGGGCCGUCAACAACGGCCUGGGGGACAGCGAGGAGCCGGGGGACCGCGACCUGCCCCCGCUCACGGCACCAGUAUCUCCAGACAGUGGUUACUCAUCAGCUCAUGCAGAAGCCACCUAUGAAGAGGACUGGGAAGUCUUUGAUCCAUACUAUUUCAUCAAACAUGUCCCCCCACUAACAGAAGAGCAGCUGAACAGGAAGCCAGCUCUCCCACUGAAAACCAGAAGCACACCAGAGUUCUCAUUAGUUCUAGACUUGGAUGAAACAUUAGUGCACUGUAGUCUAAAUGAAUUAGAAGAUGCUGCACUCACUUUUCCAGUUCUUUUUCAAGAUGUCAUUUACCAGGUGUACGUGCGGCUAAGGCCGUUCUUCCGAGAGUUCCUGGAGAGGAUGUCUCAGAUUUAUGAGAUCAUUCUGUUCACUGCUUCUAAGAAGGUGUAUGCAGACAAGCUGUUGAACAUCCUGGACCCCAAAAAGCAGCUGGUCAGGCACCGACUCUUCCGUGAGCACUGUGUGUGUGUACAAGGGAACUACAUCAAGGAUUUAAACAUCCUGGGCAGAGACCUCUCCAAAACCAUCAUCAUCGACAAUUCACCACAAGCCUUUGCUUACCAGCUUUCCAAUGGAAUUCCUAUAGAAAGCUGGUUCAUGGAUAAAAAUGAUAAUGAGCUCCUAAAGUUGAUUCCAUUUCUGGAGAAACUCGUAGAGCUGAACGAAGACGUCCGGCCUCACAUCAGAGACAGAUUUCGCUUGCAUGAUUUGCUACCCCCCGAUUAAAGCCUUUGCUCUCACUGCCGAGGGGAGGAAAUGCAGGACCCUGCUGGACUAAUACAAAACAUUGCCAUUACUGUUGAAAUUUUGCAUUUUUGUACCCCGUCUUGCUUUUCUUAUCUUUGGUGCCCAACAGUGAUCAAGGGUUACAGAAAGAGACUUUCUACACCUGAGGUUGCCGCCAUCAGUACAAUCCAGUACCCGCAGUAGGGAGGCUAGAACAGAAAAGUCUUUAGAACUAGUGCAACUCCAAGGAAAUUUUUUAUGUACAGGACAUCUGCAGUUUAUAAAGAAAAUUCUGUUUCUGCCACCAGCAGUCUGACCUGUAGAAACACAGGAUUUUAUGAUACAACAGAGAUUGAAAACGGACUCGGAUUUUCUCUCUGUUCGGUGCUCUAAGUGGGUUUGUAGCCACUUUUCUGUUACUUUUAAGAUUCUCAUUUCAACAGGAAUGGCCAGUAAAAGUUGUUUUAUUUUUCCUGUUAAGGUUUAUAACCUUUUUACAUUUUUGACCUGUAUUAGAUUAGAAUUUCAUUAUGCAUUCCUUUUAGUUGAGGCGCUUCAUAGUUUUUCUGGAAAUAGCCAAAUUUUAUUAGUUUUUUAUUAAACAGUUGGCUGGCCGUUUCCCUGCUUUGUCUGCCUGCAUCCUGUAUAUUUGUUUAAAAAUAUUCUCUAGUUUUAGCCCACGUAAGUUUCAUUUAGAAAGAAAAAAGAAAAAGAAAAAAAAAAAAACACCCAACAAAACCCCCCUGCAUUUAUAUAUAUAUAUUUUUUUUUCUGUAAUAUUCUACUGUAGUCAAAACCUUUUCAAAAAAAUCAAGAGACUGGCUAGAUAAGACGAAGAUAAGAAUUCCUAAUACUGGGAACAUCCCAGCCCAUUGGGAUGGCACGUCCUCUGGACACAGCACGGCUGGCAGUGGCACCACAUGGACAAGGAAUACCUCAGCCUCUGCUGUGCCUGGGGCAGGACGAGCGUGCUCCUGGCCACGGGGCUCCUGUGCCACUGCUGUGACACUGCUGUGACACUGCUGUGCCACUGCUGUGACACUGCUGUGACACUGCUGUGACACUCCUGUGACACUCCUGUGACACUCCUGCUUGUGAGCAGCCUCUCCAGGCCCGUUUGCUCUGGCCAGCCCAGCGCAGAGCCCGCAGCUGAUGCUGUCCCGGCCCCGGGGUCCCGCAGGCUUCUCGUGGAAGGCAGAACUCGUACGAGUCAGGAAGCUUUGCCUCUCGACUGCAUCACCACGCCCCAGGCUCGGACUGCUUUUGUGUAAAAGAUGUCACAGAACGGCACUUUUUCUAAAGAGAAGUUUGCUAUUUUGUAUGCUUGAUAAGAAAGUACAGUAUUGGAAAUUAAAGGUGGACAGCUGAUAAUUGAGAAGUAUGUCAAUUAAUUUUUUAUGUAUAUUACCUGUUUACUUGUACAAUUUUAUUGUACAAAUUACAUGCAGCUUCAUUUUCAAAUGAGUCCUUAAAAUAAGGAAAAUCUUUUUAGCAAAACAUUUAAUUUUUGUAUUUUUGAUUUUAAAAGGCAUGAGUUAUGUCAACUUUUUCCAGUGUAUUAAUGAAGAUUUUAACUUUUCAUCAGGUUGAGUGUUUUCUUACUAUAUUAUCUGUUGUGUAUGUAGCUAGCACAUGGUGUCACUGAACUGUUAAAACUUAGCAUGUAGAGCAAGCCUGUUUUGUGGAAAAUCCUUAUUCAUUAAAAACAAAAUCAUCAUGGCAGAUUUUCUGCAAAAAAAGUGAAAACAUUUGCAAUUCAGAAUACUGAUUUUUUUUGUAUUUAAAGAAAGGUAUUUUGCUUGCAGGAAAGAAAUACUACAGAUUCAUUUUAAUGAGAAUCUUUUAAAUGUAUUUAUCUUUAGGGCAUCCGGGCAUCUUUACGCUGUUUGUCUUAUGUCUUUAUUGAAAUAAAAUGUACAGAACAUUA